GAUGGUUAGGAUGUGAAUGCUCUCACAUGCUAUGUCCACAAUCGUGACCCUCCCUCUCUAUCCACUUUGGGCAAAUCGGCGACCACUGCCACAACAGAAAACCGUCGCUAAUUCUUCCACAUUCCAGAACCUUCCAUCGCUCUCAGAGCAAUGAUUCUCUCAAUCUCACCUCAAUUUCACCACAAUCUUCAUCACCACCACCAUCUCCGUCGUCACGUGACUCACGUGGCUUACAAAUCAUCCACCACAACCACCGCCGUUCACUGCAACAACCCUAACACCACUGCAGCACUCCGUCAAGUCAGUAUCAGUACUAAUAAUAACAAUAAUGAUGGUAAUAAUAACACUGACAAAUGCGAAGAUGAUGACGUCAUGGUAACCUCCGCCACCGCAAUCGCCGCCGCUAUUCGUAAAGCGUCAACGUCCCCGGUGGAAUUCGUGCAGAGGAGUGAGAAGAACGGGAAUAAUAAAGCGCUUGUGCUUCCGAGUUCUGAUUUUCAGACGCUUUGUGUUGAACAGAUGGAUUUGUUUCGUCGGAUUGUGGAUCCUGACGCUCUGUUAUCGGUUUAUGUGAGACCGGCUGGUAGUUAUGUUAUGGACAGACUAGAGCUGCGUAGAGUUACUGUCUAUCCUGGAAGAAAUGCGGCUGAAAUACUAAUAUUAGUCGGUGAUUUUAGCAUCCCAACAGGAUUAAGAGCAGCAGAAGCUUCUCUCUUGAAACAGCAGGCAGAAUUUAUUCCCGAGUCCCGGGCUUUGGUUUUCCCGAUGGUGAAGCACCCGUUUGUUGUCGGUUUUUUGGUUGCUGAAAUUCCGAAACUAGAAAUACAGAAAGAAGAAGAUGAUAUAAAACAAGGCGCAUACCCGUAUGCAAUCUCAAAAUCAUGGGAAAUUCAAAAUUUUGUAGAUAGGACACCGGAAUUGCACAAUUUUUCCGCUGAACAGAGAUUAAACGCGAUAAACAUUUCCCGCUCCAUCGCUAUGGCAUAUGUUAUGGACCAGAAAGCAAUGUUACUUCAGCAAUCUUCAUGGCAAAACAAUGUUAGGAUGAGUAAUCUUGUUGAGCAAAUUCGUGGUCCACUUUCUAGCAUUCGUACUUUAAGCAAAAUGUUGUCUGUCAAUGUGAAGAAAAAUGAGAUUUCAUAUGAUAUUGCUGAGGACAUAAUGGUAAUAAGCGAUGGUAUGAGAGACACUCUUCAACAACUGCAAGACGCCGUUCAUAUGACAAAGACUAAUAUAAUUCGCUACAACGAAGAAAAUCUAGUGAAAAUAGACGAGUCAACCCACGAGUCAAUGAGGUCUCAGUUGUCCAAUUUUUUCUCUAAUGACACUUCUACCCCCACGGGGCGUGAGUAUGGUGGGCCAUUCUCUCUCUCUUCAAAAUCCGGAGAUUUGGAAAUGCCCAUGCCACCUAUGGCACUUGCACCUUUGUUAAAUCAGAAUAUUAGGCCAUGCAAUGCAUCUGAUGUACUCUCUGAUCUUGUGGGUGCACUCAAACCGCUGGCUCAUAAACAACAACGUAUCGUAGAAGCAUGUGAAAUUCCUGAAUUGUUGGAGGUUGCAGUUGAAGAACCUGCUUUGCGCCAGGCGUUAAGCAAUUUAAUCGAGGGUGCUUUAUUGCGCACGAAUGUUGGAGGAAUGGUUGAGAUUGUGUCCACGUCAGCGCCAGCUGGUGGUGUUCUUAUCAUAAUCGAUGAUGAUGGACCCGACAUGCACUACAUGACGCAAAUGCAUUCGCUUACACCAUUUGGAGCGGAUCUUUCGUCAAAAGGUAUGGGAAGACAACAUGACAUGGAACUUUAUAGCAGGGUUAACUGUUGCCCGCGAGAUAUUGGAAAAUUACGGUUGUGUCCUCAGAGUGAUUUCCCCUCGGAUGGUUGAGGCGGCACUUGGUGCGGGUGGGACCCGUGUGGAAAUAUGGCUCCCCUCUUACUCUUCUUCGACUGAUAGUUUAGACUACCCUGCUCAGGCGGCAUAAGGAUUAAGGCUCGUGAUGUGGAUUGCCCAAAAUGCUCCCGGUAACAGACAUCUUAAAAUGAAACAUUAUAUCCAUACAUGUGUUGUAUACAUUCAUGCUUAUUGGCAAUAUGUAUAUAUAACUGAUGCUGUUGUAUUAGGUUUGUGUAAAUAGCAAGCUAUAUCAAAAUCUAUAGGUAAAGUGCAUUAUAUGUAAAGAUUUAUUACGCUGGUUCGGAUGUUUUGUUUACUUGUAAGAGUUUAUUGUAUCACAAUGUAAUAAAUGUUUCGUACA